CAUUUUGCAAGUAUUCACAGGAGGAAAUAUGGGACCGUCUGGAGCACUGGUAGUUUUUGUUGUGUGUGCGAUCUGCGGAGGGGCAUCGGCGGUGGACAUGUCAAAAGUACAGCCUUAUAACUUGACGGCAGCUAUUAUGUUUGUCCAAGAGGAUACAAACCAGGACGGCAUAAUGACUGUAGCAGAAAUAGAUGCAGUCUUUGAUAAAUACGAUACAAAUAAGGAUGGAAGAGAAAGCCGGCAGGAAUAUACAACAAUGCUUUGUGAAUCAGACCCUGACCUCUUCCAGCUGUCACAUUACCUGUUUGACGACUAUGAUGUCGAUCACGAUCAUCAUCUCGAGCAGCAUGAUUUUGAAGCAUGGCACGCAAAAAUCGACGGCGGAGGCGACGGUGAUGGUGUUGUGACUCAAGAUGAGUUUGUUAACUACUGGGUUAAGUUGUUUACAUAUAUAGAAGGACAGGUUCCCGUGCACGGUCACUCACACGAACACGGACACUGCCCUGGUCAUCAAUAAUGGCAUUCAGUGGUGCUUUCUUAUACUUUGCAAUAAAUCAAGAAAUAUA